AUGCCAAAGCAGAACGACAAGAAGGCUGCGAAGACACAUCAAGAACCCACGCCUCGCAAGCCCAAGCAUAAGAAGUCUGACACCUCUGGAGCGCCUUCAGAUCAUCACGGCGUGCCAGUGUUCUUCUGGAAGGAGGACGAAGAGAACGGCUUCCUUUGUCAAUGGUACCGAUGCUCCUUCACCGAACCAGAGCAUGAGGGCUUAAUCUUGAACUGCGCGGAGCAGUAUAUGAUGUGGAGGAAAGCGAUGCUAUUCGACGACCCAGCGACAGCAGCGAAGAUCAUGGCCAUCACCUCAGCACGCAAGCAGAAGGGGCUGGGUCGAGAGAUACAGAACUACGAUGAGGCGAAAUGGUGCGAAGCGAGACUCGAGAUCGUACAGCGAGGAAACUGGUUGAAGUUCACGCAAAGUACAGAUGUUGCGAGCAUGAAGAUGGAUGAUGUGGGCGAGCCUGUGCCGCUUAAGGAUUUGCUGCUGGCGACCAAGGAUCAGGAGUUGGCGGAAGCGAGUCCUUUCGACACGGUUUGGGGUAUUGGAUCCAAGGCAGAAGAGGCGUUGAAGGUCUCACGUUCGCGAUGGGGUGAGAACCUGCUGGGCAAAGCACUGAUGCAUGUGAGAAGUGAGAUGACGAAGUUGUCGAAGGAGUAG